GAGCUAAGGAACUCUAGAGGGCAAAGACUAUAAAUUCUUUCUAAUUUCAGGCCCUUCUGUGCUAGCCUUCAUUUUAUUGUGUCUCUCUGGUUUCACCCCACUCAAGGCCCAAUGAAGCACUAGCUUCUUGAGCUCACUUACCUUGAUCAGAAGGUUCCUCUCCCCUCGAAGAGGUCAGAAAGAGGAACUUAUUGUAUUUUUUCCCAAUCUCCUGUCUCUUUCACCUCUUGGGAAACAAGAAUUCUCAGAAGUAGGAGAGGCUACGGACAGCACUGGGAAGAGGGAACCAGAUUUAUUCUAGCAGAGACCAAGAAAAACAGUAUGUUUGAAUUACAUGAAUUACAUGCAAAGACAUUGUUUCCUGGAGCAGCUGGUUAUAAAAUUCGUUGAACUAAUGGGGUGAAUUAAUGAAGCACAGAAAAUAGGUGUGGGAUUAUCUGCCUGUCUGACUCUGCUGCUCAUUCACAAACACUUUGGCCAUGAAUGCAAAGCCUCGAAUUCUGCCAGAGGGAGGACGGCUCCAAUAUCUGCAGGCAUUGGUCUCUGAGUUCCAGGAAACAACAAGCCAAGGUAAUCCAAAGUUAAACGUGUGCAAUUCUUCUACACAUAAUUCCACAAUUAUCAUGCUGUAUAAGAAAAAUCAAAUCAAAAAGGGAAAAAAUGAGAAAGAAAACCAAAAACAAGCAAACAACAACAAAAAAGAAGCCAAGGAACAAGUCCUGGCCAAUCUUGCAAACUUUGCCUAUGACCCCAACAACUACCAGUAUCUUCGGGACCUGCAAGUAUUGGACUUAUUCCUUGAUGUACUGAGCGAGGACAGCGAUACUUUAGUGGAAUUUGCCAUAGGUGGCCUCUGCAACCUGUGCCUGGAUAAAGUCAACAAAGAAUAUAUUCUACAGAUGGGAGGCAUCAAACCCAUCAUCAACUGCUUGUCCAGCUCCAAUGAGGAGACAGUGAUGUCAGCAGUCACAACACUCAUGUACCUGAGCACUCCGCAGUCCAUCGAGGAACUCACAGCCCUGCCUGUGGUAGAAUGCAUGCUACGCUUCUCCCUCUCUGCAAAUAAGAGACUUAGCAAUCUGGCUACCAUCUUCCUGGAAGACUACUGCUCCUCUAGCCAGGUGGAGAAAGCCCAGAAUCUCAGUGCACACAGUGCUGUGGGCAUCCCACUCCCAAAAGACUGAUACUAUGUUAGGAAAGUAGUGUCCAUCCUCAGGAACCAUGGCUUAUCAGUCAGGCCCCAUAGUGUUGGUGGAGAGAAUUAUUAGAAGGAUAAUGUCAGUAAGGGAAAUUCAAUCUGGGAAAAAGAUCAGUUUAAGUCAGUUAGAGGGACAAAAUAUCACAAGACUUUUCAGAAGUGUCCCAUCAAACCAUAAAGCAGCUUGAGAGGUAGGAAGGAAAGGUUUUGGAAGAGGAAUCUCAGGACAAAGUGUAUGACUACCUUGAGGUCUGUGCCAUUUUCUGGCAACAGAUAACAGUCAAGGGUUUCAUACCUUUCAGGCUGGGGAAUUAUGUCCCCUUAUAAUUUGCAAGGUAUAACUACAAAGCACUGAGAUAUCAAAAAUAGUUUUGUUACUCUAAUAGGUGUAAUAAUGUAUAAAAGGGAACUAACCAGGACCUAAAUUCUUCCUGAGUUUAGAUCAGGAAGUCUGUGAGUCUUAAUUUUUUCAUCUACAAAAUGGGUAUAUCAUUGUGAGGAUCAAAUGAGAUUGUGUCCAAGAACAUGUAGGAAUGAUCAGAGAUUUAAGCCAUUUUUAAUCCUCCAACCACCUUCUUUAGGCUCUGCCCCCUCAGCUUGAUGUAAAAUCAACUUUAUUUAAUGCAACCUCUGGCUCUUUAGGAAUGGAUAAAUCUCAACUCAUGUGGGCACCAAAGACAUACAGUAAAAAGGCUAUUAAGCAUGUUACAUGUUUAUGAGACUAUUAUCUAGAAUGAAUUGCUAGAUGUUUGUAUAAUCAUUACCUGUGCUAGUUUUCAUUGAGAGUUGAGGCCUUAAAUGACUGUAUAUUUCUGCCUCUUUUAAAUAAAUUCAUUUUUAUUGAUGCUU